AUGAAUGUCAACUUUCUGGUUAAUCUGAAGAAAUUGUUUGGGGCCAAACAGAAAUGUGCCAAGGUCAUAGUGACCACUUCUAGUAAACUAGUAGCAGAAGUGAUCGGUACUAGUUUAUCAUACAGCCUGGGUGGUCUACCUGAAGAACACUGUUGGACUCUAUUUGCUGAGAAAGCAUUUGGAAACAAAGAUGCAAUAGUAGAUCCGCAGUAUACAGAAAUUGGUAAGAAAAUUGCAAGGAGGUGCAACGGAAUUCCUAUGCUAGCUCAGUCUCUUGGUUCAAUGGUGCAUAAUCAAGGCAUGAACACCUGGCUCGCUGUAAGGGAUGAAGAAUUGUGGAAACUAGAGGAAAAGUUUUUCCCUAAGUCAACAGUAUUUUCAUCAUUCAUGGCAAUAUAUUACAGCAUGCACCAUACAUUAAAAUUGUGCUUCCUUUAUUUGUCGGUGUUUCCUAGAGGUUCUAUCAUAGACAAGGAUGAACUUAUUCGACAAUGGAGAGCAUUGGAUUUAUUUCGAUCAGAACGUGGGACCUUUUCUGCUUCUUUGCUCGGAGAAAUAUACACUGGUGACCUUUUAUCUGCAUCCAUCCUUGAAGUUGUAGAUACAUCCUUGGUCGAGAUGAAAUGCAUCAGUUCUUCUGUUGUUCUUCGCGUGAAUAAUUUGGCCUAUGAUUUUCUGAGAUAUCUGACCAGAGAUGACGUAAUACAUUUGGACUACGGCAUGGCACUAAGUGGCUCUGUAGGGAAGCCUCCUUUCCGUUAUGCAACAUUGACAUGUUACACUAAGGAAUCAGCAACUGACGAAUAUUUGGUAAGCAGUGCAAAGGCAGUGUUUUUCAGAAAUUGUGAGGCAACGAAGCCUAUAGCCGAUAUGUUGCCAGUAGUAAGAUACACGCGUCUCUUGGAUCUUAGUGGUUGUCCCUUUGAAGAAUUACCAGCUUCUAUUGAUCAGCUGAAGCAUCUCAGAUAUCUCAAUAUUUCAGGCUUCAGAAUAACAGCAUUACCGAAUGAAAUGGGCUGCUUGCAGAACCUCAAGUUUUUGGAUAUCUCGAAAACAUGCAUUGAGGCAUUACCCACGUUUAUCAUAACUUUCCGGAAGCUGAAAUAUCUGAAUGUACAUGGAUGCGAUAGACUCCGAAACUUGCCCCCAGCCCUUGGUGAUCUUAAGGGGUUGGAGCGCCUCAACCUGUCAUCCUGUCCUCUAAUCUGCAAGUUACCUGCAUCUUUCUCUGGACUUCGUAAACUGCAGCGGCUGGAUCUAUCAAACUGCACCGGUCUUGAUCAGUUGCCUCACCCGUUUCAGCUGGAAAGUUUAGAGAACCUGAACCUGGAGGGGUGCUUCAGGCUCAAACAGCUGCCAGAAUCUUUUGGCAACCUUUCUUUCCUUCGGAAUUUGAACUUGGCAGGCUGCUCUAGUAUGAAGCAAUUACCUGAGUCUAUUGUUGACUUGCCUAUGUUACAGUGCUUGAGACAUUCACAUAUUCACAGUGAGUUGACGGAUCCACUAGUCAAGCUCCAGAGGCUCCGCAAACUGAAACUCACAUAUUGUGAUGCGGUGAUAUGAGGACCUUUGCUAAGUACCAAAAAGCUGGUGCCGCUAGGUUUUUCGUCAAGGUGGCAAAUGACAUCGGGGUGCUGGUUUCGGUUCGAGCUGAAGGAAGAAAAUCAUUUUGAGAAUGUUCCUCCGAA